AUGUCAUCCAACAAGACCUCGGCCAGUGUCUCCAUCGAUAAGUUCGAUGGGGACAACUACUCAACCUGGUGUCGCUACAUGCGCGGCGUGUUUCUGACGAAGUCAGUCUGGUACGUCGUGAACCGCGAAACGUCUCCAACCUUCACCGACACGCGAGCUUCCGACGAGUACGUCAAGGCGAGCAACAUCGCGUUCGGGUUGAUGUUGCUCCACAUGGACGCCGACUACCACCAUGUGGUCGACAACUGUGAAGAAGCAUGGACAGCGUGGUCGCGGUUGAAGAUGCUCUAUGGUGGGUCGCAGAAGGCGGGACGCAUCUACCUCAAGCGCCAGCUGUUCAGCAUCAAGAUGGCGGAAGGUGCCAACGUCUUGCACCAUUGCAACGAAGUCUUGAACAUCGGCGCCAAGCUCAGCAGCAUCGGUGCCAAGAUGGAAGACGAAGACAUUGCGAUCUGCUUGCUGCUCAGUCUCCCGAAGUGUUUCGAGAACGUGGUUCUGAACUUGGAGAUGAGCAAUGCAGAGCUGCGCACGCAAGAUGUGGUCAAGGUGCUGACUAACGAGCACAUCAAGCGACAAGGCGAGAAGAUGACAACGGCAACGACAACGGUGAAGACUGAAGAUGCGACAAAGGCAUUCAGUACCGAGCGCAAACCCUACCAAUGCACAUACUGCGGCAAGGUGGGGCACACGGCAGAGCGUUGCUGGACGAAGCAAAAGGAUGAAAGUCGAGGAGCCCAACGCGGCGGCAAUGGUCGUCGACGCGGGGCAAACAAUGUCCACUGGCGACAUUAUGAUGAAGGCAACAGCUACGAUCGAGUGUUCAAGUUUGCAAGCUUGGUCGAAGGCAAUGAUGGCGAGAUCCUGGUGGCUGAUGGCAACAAGGCGGCCAUCAAAGGUGUGGGGACCAUCGUGGAAAAGGUGAUUCUGCCAAACGGGGAAGAGCGCGAGAUCGAGAUCAAGAACGCGCUCUAUGUGCCCAGCAUGAGCAAAAAUCUGCUCUCGGUGCCGCAGAUUAACAAGCACGGCAACUUCCAAGUGGUGUUUGACGGGGAUACGAUGUACGUCGCUCGCAAGGAUUCCAAUCAAGUGGUGGCAGCUGCGGAUCUUGUAGACGGACUCUACUGGCUUCGCACGACGCAGCGAUCGGCCAAUGCGACAUCACUCAGCAACGCUGUUGAUCUACAUGCGCGAAUGGGCCAUGCUCCAGUCGACGUGCUUCGCAGGAUGGUGACAAGCCACAUGAUCAAGGACGCUCACAUCCCUUCCAAGCCGAAUGGAUCAAGUGUGUGUCGAGGAUGCCAAGAAGGGAAGAUGGUCCAAAAACCAUUCCCGAGCAACCGUGACAAGCGCACCUACAACACCUUCGAGAUGCUCCACUUCGACAUCUGCGGACCCAUGGAAGAAAAAUCUCUGGGUGGCAGCAAGUAUCUGCUGCUGAUCGUGGAUGAAGCCAGCGGAUGCAUGAAGGGUUUUUGUCUGCAUUCCAAGUCAGAGAGCGAAGAGUGCAUCAAGAAGUACAUCACGAUGAUACAGACGCAGUUCAACAAGAAGGUCAAAUUUGUGCGACACGAUGGAGCCCGCGAGUUUGCGACGAACUCGCUUCAAGAUUUCUACGAAGUCGAAGGCAUCGAGCAACAAACCACGGUGCCAUACGCACAUCAAGCCAAUGGAACUGCUGAACGCGCGAUUCGAACUAUCGUCACCAUCGGUCGUAGCAUGCUCCAUCAUGCCAAGUUGGACAAGUGCUUCUGGGCUGAAGCGGCAAUGACGGCCGUCUAUGUGAAGAACCGUUUGCCGUCACCCAAGAUUCCACACAAGACACCGUUCGAGAUUGUCUACAAUUCUAAGCCAAGUGUCAAGCACAUGCGCGUUUUUGGGUGCCAAGCAUACAUCUUGACCCCGAAGGAGAAACGACUCAAGUGGGAUCCCAAGGCCCGGGCUGGAUUGUUUUUGGGCUACGAAGAAGUGUCCAAGGCGUAUCGAGUUUACGACAUCGAAGCGGGGCAGGUGAUGAUAAGUCGCGAUGUCAACUUCGAUGAGUGGGCCUUUGGAAUGUCGAUGAUGAUUUCCGAUGACGAUAUUGAUGGCCUGGACUUCGAAUCGAUCGAUCUUGAUGAUGAAGAACCGCGUCCGAGACACUUCAAACAAACAGGAAAGCGCAAUGCCCAACCCAAUCACGACAAUGACGACGCAAGCAUGCCCCGAGCAGUGCGCCAACGACCCGGAUUGGAAGAGUCAAGUGCGCCGGAUGACCUCUCUUCACGUCGAGCCAACGAAGAUGAAGAAAGGAAGUCGGAGGAACAACAUGACACACCGACUUCCUCCGCGUUUUGGCAUGCGAGUGCAAACGCCGUCGAAGCAGCAGUCGAUUUUUCGGAGCCGUCGACAUUUGAAGAAGCAGUAUCUGGCCCGGACCAAGUACACUGGCGCAAGGCAAUUGAUGCGGAGCUCGAUUCGAUGAAGCUUCGCGGUGUCUUUCGUGCGGCCAAGUUACCCAACGGACAAAGCGCCAUUGGUACCAAGUGGGUCUUCAAGAUCAAGCGCAAAGCGGACGGAUCCAUCGAGAAGUACAAGGCACGUCUCGUGGCAAAGGGCUUUCGCCAAAAGUAUGGAAUCGACUACACGGAGACGUUUUCGCCCGUGGUCAAGUAUGUGACGCUGCGAAUGGUCAUCGCCAUUACCAAGCACUUUGGAUGGACACUUGACCAACUUGAUGUGGCGUCGAAGCUUGACAGUACGUUCGACUGCCUGGAAUUGGUGAAGGCAAUUUACGGCCUGAAGCAAGCUUCGCGAGUAUGGAACGAGACGUUUGACGAGUUUGUGUGUUCCAUUGGAUUUCAGGUAUCAGGCUUCGACCCAUGUCUCUACAUCAAGACUUCGGACGGCCAUUGCGUGUUUAUACUGGUCUACGUGGACGACGUCUUGGUGACUGGAAGCUCACUCGAGCUGAUUGCACAAACCAAGAACGACCUGAAGACGCGGUUCGAAAUGACGGACAGCGGCAAGUGUGCGUUUGUUUUUGGGAUCGAGUUAUUGGACGGUGAAGAUGGCAGCGUGACUAUGUGUCAGCGCCGUUAUGUCGACGAUGUCCUCAAGCGCUUUGGAAUGGAUGAGUGCAAGGCUGUGGCAAGUCCGGUGGACGUCAGCUCUCGACUGGUUCCGAGCAACUCUGCAAGCAAGGUGGAUGUCCCAUUCCGUGAAGCAGUGGGUGCUUUGAUGCAUCUGACGACUGCAACGCGACCGGACAUCGCCUAUGCUGUAAGCUUUGUGUCACGGUUCAUGGAGAAACCCCAAGAAGAACACUGGGUUGCAGUCAAGCGCAUCUUCCGCUACCUACAAGGCACCAAGAUGCAUGGAAUCUGCUACAAGCCAAGUGCGAAGAUCGACUUUCGUGGCUAUUCAGAUGCAGACUGGGCCGGUGACCUUGCUGAUCGCAAAUCGACGUCCGGCUACGUCUUCAUGCUAUUGGGUGCUCCGGUGAGUUGGGGCAGCAAGAAACAGCCAAGUGUGUCACUGUCUACAAGCGAAGCGGAGUAA